ACUCCUGUCUGACAAUGACAAGAAACCCUUCAUCGAGGAGGCCGAUCGUCUGCGCGUUAUCCACAAACGCGAGCACCCCGAUUACAAGUAUCAACCACGACGUCGGAAGCAGAAUGGGCCGUCCUCCGGCCGCGAUAGUUCGCCCACGAGGAGUCAGAGCAACGUGACGUUCAGCGUUACCAGGUCGUUGAAGCAGGAGGACAUGAGUCCUAGAGGCGUUCAAGGACCCAAUUCACCGCAGAGUGGCGUGAGCUCUUCGCCACCCACGACACCCAGUCAGGGUCUUUCACCGCCGACACCCCCAACGACGCCCAGGGGACAGCACUAUAUCAAUCAGAGCAAUCAGCUUCCACAGAACAACACGGUGUAUUACCAGGAUUUGGUCAACGGUACGUCGAGUGAGUCCCCGCAUCAACAACCGGCGGUUGAUCUUCGAUAUAUCGAGGUCGGAGAUGGCCUCCCCGGCGAGGAGAACCAGUUGAAUGGCCUCGGCACUUUGGGCGGGCUCGACUUGAAUCUCCCGGUGAACUUCCAGGAGUGCGAGGUCGAGAGCAAUGAGCUCGACCAAUACUUACCGCCCCAGACUGCACCGAUACAUCAGUACCCGCCCGUGCAAGUCACCACCGCCUCGCAAUGGUUACUCAACAGAUACGAGGAGGAGAUCGAGAGACCGAUCAAGCGUCACUGUUCAGAACAGGCGAUCGCGGAGGUGUCAUGGGAGGACAGGACUCAGGAGAUGGUUAGGUACCACGAGCUGCAGCCUCCCCUUCCGCCGGUCCAGUACAUAGCCGCCCAUAACACGCACCAUUCGCACGCGAGUACCCAGAUGGGCCAUCCGCACGUAUCCACGCCCUACGCGCAAUACGCACAUCGCUACGUGUCUGGCAUUGAGACGUGGCCGAAUUAUAUGUAG